AUGUCGGUUGCAAAGGAAUUCGAAGCGGCCAACGCUAAUUACGCGGCAUCCUUCACUAAGGGUGACCUACAGCUCCCCCCACAGCGAAAAGUAGCAGUGGUAGCAUGCAUGGAUGCGCGCCUUGAUCCAGCCCGCGCCCUAGGCCUCGAAGAAGGCGACGCCCAUGUCAUCCGCAACGCGGGUGGUAGGGUUUCAGAUGCGCUGCGCAGUAUCAUAAUCUCGCAGCAGCUUCUUGGUACUCGGGAGAUCAUCAUCGUGCACCAUACGGAUUGUGGGAUGCUCACUUUCACUGAUGAGGUGAUUCGCGGUAAGAUCCGUAAGGAUUUGAAGCAGAAUGUUGAUCAUAUUGCAUUCUUGCCCUUUGGGGAUCUGCGUCAGAGUCUUUUGGAUGAUAUUUUGUUAUUGAGGGAUAGUCCGCUUGUUUUGGAUGUUCCUAUUACCGGCUAUUUGUAUGAGACUGAGACGGGGAGGAUUGUUAAGGUUGGGGAUAAUCAGUGA